CCAGACACUGAUUUGCAUCUCUCUCUUUUUCCUCUGGACUGUGGCUCAUCUAUAAUCACAGCAUGACAAGCUACACAGAUAAAGGCGAAAAGCAUGCAAGAGGAAAGUUUGUCAGGUUUCAUCACAUCACUUUCUGGGUCGGCAAUGCCAAACAGGCAGCUUCAUUCUACUGUGAUAAAAUGGGCUUUGAGGCUUUGGCCUACAAGGGUCUGGAGACCGGCAGCCGAGAGACAGUGUCUCAUGUCAUCAGACAGGACAAGAUUAUAUUUGUAUUCGAGUCUCCGCUAAAUCCUGGAAAUGAAGUGAUGGGAGAACACUUAACGAGGCACGGAGACAGCGUCAAAGACAUCUCUUUCCAAGUGGAAGACUGUGACUUCUUAGUCAAGACAGCCAAAGAGCGGGGAGCCGUGAUUGUGAGGGAACCAUGGGUGGAGCAGGAUCAGCACGGGAGGGUCAAGUAUGCUGUGGUUCAGACAUAUGGAGAUACAACACACACACUCAUCGAAUACCUGGGACCAUACAAAGGUGCUUUCCUGCCCAGCUACAAAGAGCCUCUGUUUAGGGAUCCUCUGUUACCCACACUUCCACCCACAGGUUUGAAGUUCAUCGAUCACAUUGUGGGAAACCAGCCAGAUGACCAAAUGUUGCCAAUUUCAGACUGGUACCUGAAGUGUUUGCUGUUCCACCGGUUCUGGUCCAUAGAUGACAAGCAGAUCCACACAGAGUUCAGCUCACUGAGGUCCAUCGUGGUCACAAACUAUGAAGAGACCAUCAAGAUGCCCAUCAAUGAACCUGCCAUGGGGAAGAAGAUAUCACAAAUCCAGGAAUAUGUGGACUAUAACGGUGGAGCAGGUGUUCAACACAUCGCACUCAACACAUCCAACAUUAUCCAGAGUGUAGUGAACCUGCGAGCCCGAGGGGUAGAGUUCCUUGCAGCACCUGACAGGUACUACGAAACCCUACGGGCCAAUCUCAGCAAAGCCAAGAUCAAGGUGGUGGAGGACCUAGACCGUAUACAGCAACUGAAAAUUUUAGUUGACUUCGAUGACAAGGGAUAUCUCCUGCAAAUCUUCACUAAACCUGUGCAGGACAGACCAACCCUUUUCCUGGAGGUCAUUCAGCGGAACAACCACUUUGGCUUUGGAGCAGGAAACUUCAAGUCUCUCUUUGAGGCCAUUGAGAAGGACCAAGAAGCCCGAGGCAACCUCACUGUGCUGACACCUGAGGGACAGGCCAGAAACUUAUACUGAUCCUGCAGCACCACAAUCACACUGUCAUACAUGCAUCUACAUUUCAUAUCAAACAUACAUCAUACAGCGCAAAACAUCCACAUGUGACAUGAAGCUGUCAGUAGACUGCAUACAGCUAAAUAAACAAACUCAUUUUCA